CAGCAAUUUUAAAGCCCCGGCCUUUUAAAUCGCGUCAGUUGCUGUUAGCUUUAAAUACAGAGAGAGAAAGGGAGGAAUUCUCGGUAGCGUCUUAAUAAGGGGAGAGGCCGAGACGGAGCCGGUCGAAUCCGCCUGGAUUGCGGCCGAUAUCAGCGAUGCGCAUACCGCCGGUUUCCUCAUUUGGCUCGCUCGACCAGAUCAUGAGGAGACUGAUUUGAAAGGCGCCACCUUUAGGAGGAGGGGGAGGGGGAGGAGGAGGAGAGGAACACGAGGCGGCGGAAGGGAGCGUUGCGACGCCUUGGAAAUAGACGCCAUCAUCUCGCGCGAUCGCUUAGCGGAUACUCACCUGUAACCGCUUGAAGUCAGAGCAGCAGUGGCAGUGGGAGUGAGAGAAAGAAAAAAGGAAAGAGGAGAGAGGAAAGAGGCGGUGCGGGCGUUGGGAGCGGCGGACGGCGGCUGCGGCGGCGAGGAUGGACUCCGGCGAUGAGCAAGAUGUUCCCGACUCACAGGGGAGGAAGAAGCGGUAUCACCGGCAUACUCCGCGCCAGAUUCAGGAUCUCGAAGCGAUGUUUAAGGUGUGCCCGCACCCCGACGAGAAGCAGAGGAUGCAACUGAGCCGGGAUCUGGGGCUGGAGCCGCGGCAGAUCAAGUUCUGGUUCCAGAAUCGCCGGACGCAGAUGAAGGCCCAACAAGAGCGGACGGACAACUGCCUCCUCCGCGCCGAGAACGACAAGAUCCGGUGCGAGAACAUCGCCAUGAGGGAGGCGCUCAAACACGUCAUCUGCCCCUCCUGCGGCGGCCCGCCGUCGAAUGAGGACUCCUACUUCGACGAGCAGAAGCUGCGCAUGGAGAAUGCGAGGUUGAAGGAAGAGCUCGAUCAUGUCUCAAGUAUGGCAUCAAAAUACCUCGGAAGGCCAAUCACCCAGCUUCCCCCAGUUCAGCCACUAUCCAUAUCUUCACUUGACUUAUCGGUCGGGGGAUAUAGCAAUCCAGGAUUAAGCCCCUCUCUUGAUCUUGACCUUCUCUGUCGGAGUUCUUCUUCGGCCUUUCCAUAUGCUCCAACAGCAACUUCCGAGCUUGAAAAGCCUCUAAUGGUGGAGAUGGCCACCAAUGCAAUGGAGGAAUUCAUCAGGUUAGUGCAGACUGAUGAACCCCUCUGGGUGAAGUCGGGCAGCGAUGGAAGGGACAUGCUUCAACUUGAAACUUAUGAAAGGAUGUUCCAGAGGCCUGGCCAACAACUCAAGUUACUGGAUACUCGAAUUGAGGCAUCGAGGGAUUCAGCUUUGGUCAUUAUGAGUGCUUUGGCAUUGGUUGACAUGUUCAUGGAUGCAAGUAAGUGGCAAGAGUUGUUUCCCACAAUAGUUUCCAAGGCAAGGCCUAUUGAGGUGCUGGCUUCAGGAAUGGCAGGAAGUUCAAGUGGAUCGUUGAUAUUGAUGUAUGCGGAGAUGCAAGUUCUUUCACCAGUGGUUCCAACUCGUGAGUUCUGCUUUCUUCGCUAUUGCCAGCAAAUUGACCAAGGAAUGUGGGCAGUAGCUGAUGUUUCGGUGGACUUUCCUCGAGAUAAUCAUCUUGCUUCGCAGUCAAGGAGGCUUCCUUCUGGUUGCUUGAUCGAGGAGGUGCCUAAUGGCUAUUCUAAGGUCACUUGGGUUGAUCAUGUGGAGAUUGAAGAAAAAAAUCCAGUUCAUGUUCUCUUCAAUGACCUAAUAAGUAGUGGUAUGGCGUUUGGGGCGCAGCGGUGGCUCACCACUCUUCAGCGAAUGUGUGAAAGAUUUGCUUGUUUCUCUGUUGCUGGAGUUCCAACUAGAGAUGCCGGAGUUGCUCCGUCACCCGACGGUAAGAGGAGUAUGAUGAAGCUUGCUCAACGAAUGGUGAGCAACUUCUGUGCCAAUGUUGGUGCAUCAAUUGGUCAUAAAUGGACGACUCUCUCGGGACCUAGUGACAUAGGAGUUAGGGUUACACUUCACAAAAGUACUGAUGUUGGCCAGCCUAAUGGUGUCGUUCUCAGUGCUGCAACUUCUAUUUGGCUUCCUAUAUCACCUGAAAGUGUCUUCAGCUUCUUCAAGAACGAACGAACUCGAACACAGUGGGAUGUUCUCUCGAAUGGCAACACUGUACAAGAGGUGGCACAUAUCACAAAUGGAUCCCAUCCAGGGAACUGCAUUUCCCUUCUUCGUGGUCUCAACUCAGGGCAGAACGCCAUGUUGAUACUCCAAGAGUGCUUCACUGAUGCAUCGGGCUCGGCGGUGGUUUACUCUCCUAUCGAUCUACCAGCGAUCAACAUUGUCAUGAGCGGGGAGGAUCCCUCCUACAUACCCAUCCUGCCUUCAGGCUUCACCAUUCUUCCAGACGGACGAUCGACAGGGGGACAGGGGGCAUCAUCUAGCUCAAAUCCUAUGGGUGGGUCAUCAGGCUCGCUGGUCACCGUGGCUUUCCAAAUUCUUAUGAGCAGCUUGCCUUCCGCAAAACUUAACCUGGAGUCAGUAAUGACAGUCAAUAACUUGAUAAGCACCACCGUCCAGCAAAUAAAGUCUGCCUUGAACUGUCCUUAACUCUGAAGAGAGAAUUGACGGGCUAGUUUUGUUCUUCCACUUCUCUCCUUUAACUUGCAGGUAUUUGAAGCUGGCAUUGAAGAAGGGGAUUAACGUGGGGUAUCUUUGUUGGUUGGUUGGACUUGAAUGCCUUCAAAUCCUGGCCUUAAAUUGCAACUUUAAGAUGCUGGUGCCACUCUCAGUACAUCCCAAUUUUUUUUCCCUCUCUUUUUCUCACAGGAAUCAGUCAGGCUUUAAAUUUACAAGUUGUUAAUGAAGGAGUCAAGAACGCACCAUACCUGUUUCUCCUCUUUCAGCUCUUUCUUUUUCAACGUUUUUAGAUUUCCCCCCUUUUUUAGGAUUAAUUUGCUCACUCUUCUUUUGCUCUCCUCACUCCAGUCCUAUUUUUUUUUUUCCUUCUCUUUUCUUCAUGCAGCAAGUGGUUAUGGUUCGGGUAUUGACUUCUGUCCUUGAGCAUUUAUUAAUGAGCAUUUACUUGCAA